AUGCAAGGCAUGUACAGCUUUUUCAACGAGCCGUACGACUUUCAGCUCGUUCUCGGGAUCACUUUGGUCGGCAUCCCUGAACUAUGGGACGGUGAGGAUUUGCUGCGCUAUUUGCGCACGUACAGCUUCAUGUUCGGCGAUGAGCUGGCUCUCGGUUUCUGCGGCGUCUCACUGAUGGAAGCCACUUCAGAAGAGCCUCGCCGUGCACAUCUGAUCUGCGACAACCUCAUUACCAAGCAGAGGUGCCUCCAGAUGCGCGUGAUGCCUAUUGUGGUUGCGGAUGACGAGGUCCCGGGCCCGUACCCCUGCGUCAUCGUCGCCAUUCGCCCUUACUGCUUCUGGGUUCGGCGCACUAGGGACAGCCCAGUGCUACCGUUCAUGUUUCCCAAGUACACGUCCCGUGAGGUGGUGGGUGAGGAGUUCGAGGCCAAGAUGCUGCUUAUGCCCAAUAACCAAAGGCUGCUUGUGGUGGCAACGAUGAUCGGCGCUGGAAUAAUCCCUACAGCAGCAGCGCCGGGUGGACCAACAACAUCAUUCGGUUCCACAACUUUGGCGUUCGCGGUUCCAUUGCAUCUUUCUCUUUUUGUCGUAAAAAUAGUACCUGUUGUGUACCCUUUUCAUCGAGUUGCGCUGUUCCAUCCGCUCGUAGACCGCCGACACUUGGACGUCUCAUCAGUGCUUCAACUCUGGUUGACCGAACUAUCCGGUUCCAGGGCUCAGCUUCUCACCGACCAGCUAUCGCAUUUGCACCGCGCCAUUUCCAACUUUUCUCCGCACCGUUUGGGCGUUUCUGACGACUUGAUAUACGCCGCCGACUACCGUGAGCUGUUCAGCUGGACGUGGCCUUGGAAUCCCUGCGUCUCGGAACAGGAGAUCGAGCGGCCCUGCCGCUCGCUCCAGGAGCAUGGGGGCGAGGGAGGUGCUCCCAUCCAAUUCGCUCGAAUCAAGCGCGGCGCCCGUCACACCGGUUGCAUCCGCUACGAGCACAAUCGCAAGCGCUGGGUCGUGGACCUGUCGGUUAACGGCUGCCGCAUGCAGAAAUGCUUCCACGAGAACCUAUACGGCAUGGUUGGCGGGCUGCAGGCUGCUCGCAAAUGGCGUCUCGACUAUAUCCGCAACACGCACAACGAGUUCGACAUCGAGGCUGAGGAACGCAUUGUGAACGAUCUUGUCGACAAGAUCGUCGCGAUGGACGACCUGCAGCGCGACGGGCUUUUGUGCGCGCUUCGCAAGCCGGUGCCGACUUACGAGCACAUCCUAGGCGCGCGCAGCCUAUGCGACAUCGUCGACGGGCGGUUGGCUGCAAUCGGCCAUUACAAGCCGUGA